UCCAAAAAAUCAUCAUCCAUCCAUCGAACCUGUCACCUUCUUUUCGUCCACCCAUUACCCUAAAUCACCCAAAUUCCCAUCUCUGCAACACUGUUCACUCCCUCAUUCCUGAAAUCAGAUCUUAUCUUACCGAUUUUUGCAGUAAAGUUUGGAUUUUUAUUUGACUUUGGUGGCACAAAGACGAAUCUUUACUUAGGUAAGGCCUGUGACUUUCAUUUUUUGUUUUCCUCACAGAGAGAAGGGCAAGAAAAAAAAAAAAUAUACCCAUCAAUCUUUCGUCUGUUUAACCCCCCCAAAAACUAUGUCCAUGGCCAUGGUUAUAUCCCCCCAAAAUCAACCUCUCUCCGAGAGCACAAAUGGGCACCUGUCCGUGUCUUCAAGCUCCAAGGUUUACCCUCCUGCGACGGUCCAGUAUGAGGAACUCGUACAAAGCUCGGAGCUUUUCUGGGAAAAGCUCAGGGCUUUCCACCAAUCUUUUGGCACCAAAUUCAUGGUUCCUACGGUUGGAGGCAAGGCUCUUGAUCUGCAUCUCCUUUUUGUGGAGGUGACAUGGCGUGGUGGUCUUGAAAAGGUGAUCAAAGAUCGUAAAUGGAAGGAAGUGAUUGUGGUGUUCAACUUCCCAACGACAAUAACCAGUGCAUCAUUUGUUUUGCGAAAGUACUAUAUGUCAUUGCUUUAUCACUUUGAGCAGGUCUAUUACUUCCACAGACAAGCCCCUUCGCAUUCAGCUGCAGAUCCUGAAAGCGGGAAUGAGGUUGAGGGGUCAGUGGGCCAGAACAAUGUAGUGUCCACGAGCUUCAUGUCUAGUCAAGGAAAUUCGAAACUGCAUCCUGGCUCUUCAGUAACUGGGUUCAUCGAUGGGAAAUUCGAUAAUGGGUACCUUGUUUCGGUGAAUUUGGGUAAUCAUGAACUGAAAGGGGUCCUGUAUCAUAUUCCCCAGGUAAUGCACAUGUCUCAGAGUGCUCUUCCUUCAGAAGUUCCUACCCGAAGGAAACGGAGAAGAUCGCGGAUGAAAUUACGCGACCCUUUUCGCCCCAAGUCCAACAGGAGCGGUUACAAUUUCUUCUUUGCUGAGCAUUAUGCUAGGCUAAAGCCUCAGUACUAUGGCCGCGAGAGAGCCAUCAGCAAGAAGAUUGGGUAUCUGUGGAAUAACCUUACAGAGGCUGAAAAGCAGGUUUAUCAGGAGAAAGGCGUGAGGGACAAGGAGAGGUACAAAUCCGAGAUGCAGGAAUACCGGUCAUCUCAGGGUUUGAAUGUCAGCAAAGUUUAGGCUUCUAGGUUACUCUAGCUAGGCUUAGGCAAUCCAUGUUCUAGGGAAGGCCGAAUUUUUGCGCUCUGUUCCUUUUCUCGGGCUUUGUCGGACAUGCAUCCUUUCGGUAGCAUAUGUAGAUCACAUCUGCGUGCCUAUGCACGUCUGUUGUUAAGGAAACAGACUCUCAUGUUUUGUCGAUGUGGACGUCGUGCAUGUGGUGUCGGGCUCGGUUUUCUGCUUUAUCGCGGGUUGAUAAGAACUGCUGACUGAAUCUCUUACUUUGAGCUAAGCUUGUAAUAUAUUUUGGUGAAGUUUUAGUUUACUUGGA